AUGGCAUACGGAAAACUGCAAGGUUUAAUAGAUAGUGCAGCAAUACGUAUGCCUGGCCGUAAUGUUAUCAACAGUGCACUUGGCCUGGCAAAUGUGGCAGCUAUGGCGGUAUACAUGAAUUCAUCGGAUCACUUCAUCGAUUUGUCGAUGCUUGGUGCCACGUCGUUGUUGAGCAGCAUCAUUGGUGUUACCCUCACAAUGGCUAUUGGUGGAGCCGAUAUGCCAGUUGUGAUCACCGUACUCAAUAGCUACAGUGGUUGGGCAUUGUGUGCUGAAGGAUUUAUGCUUAACAACGAUUUGCUAACGAUUGCAAUGAAUCGAUCGAUUGUGAGUGUGAUACUGGGUGGAGUAGGAACGAAGAGUCAAGGCAAAGGACAAGCGAAAACUUUAGUGGGAACAGCAACUGAAACUACUUCAGAACAGGUUCUCUUCUCAUAUCUUCGUUGCUAA